AUGGAUCGUGCGCCUCGUCGCCGUAAUGGCCGCCUUCAGGCUUGCGACCCAUGCCGACGCCGGAAGAUGGCGUGUGACCACACCCAGCCAACAUGCAGCAGAUGUGAGAAACGAGGCCAGGCUGCUGCGUGCAUCUACACAGUAGCGGCCGAACCGCCCUCCAAAAACAGCGGCUUACGUCCCGGCCGUUCCAGUUCAGAGCGGACUCUUGCUGUACCUGUCACGUCUCCGUCUUCAGUCCUAGAUCCUUCUCCCACAGUACCACAACUAGCCUCAGCCAGAGCCCAGAGUCAGAGUUCAACCUCACUCACUCGCUCGUUUGGUAACGGAUAUUUGGGAUUCACCAGUCAUUCAGCAGUGUUUGAUGAGGCUCGUCAGAGACUCAGUUACCUUCAUGGCAGCCCAUCAACCAUACCCUCCAGUGAUGCACAAGACUCACCACAGGGAGGAGGGCUAACUUGGACGUUAUCGUCAUCGACCAUGGAAGUAUGCCAGUCUAUUAUACGAGCCCUUCCAGAUCUCUCCAAGGUCAAAAUUUCACCGGCCAGCUUUUCUGCCAGUUUUACCAAGGGAUGGGUGCGCGUCGCUGCGAUCAGGAUUCUGAAAACUUUACAGACCCAAAUAUCGGCCUCUCCGUCAGACGAAGAGAUAUUCCAGGUAUCCAAGAUGAUACACGAAAACACUAUGAAACCAAUUUCAGACGACCUCCUUGACCCCAAUGAGUGGAUCCAGCAAUUUGAUGGGCCAAACCUGCGGUGGGAGUCGAUCGCGGUGCUUUUCACCUUCCCUGAACUCUUUGCCGCCAACGGCCACACUGUCGAAAAUGACCCUGAGAAAAUGUGGUCUCAACUAUCAUUUAAGCAAGUCGUUUUGAAAUGUAUCGACCAAUGUGUGAAUCUCGCCAUGUAUCAAACGGGAGGAAACCUCCUGCUAUUAUGGGUAUGCUAUCGACGGACCUUUUUAGAAUCUAUCACCCUCGGCGAUGCUGGCCUACACUGUCUCCGCUCUCACGCUGAUUGCGUGUCCAUCUCACUGUUCCUCGGACUCCACGUUGAACAACCUACACCGCACUACAAGCCGACAUUCUGCUCAGAGUUGAGACGGCUGCUGCUUCAUCGUGUGUUUGUAAUUGACAAAGUAAUCUCAUCUUUCCAAGGCCGCCCUCCCCUACUGAGCGGUCGAUAUAUCAUGACACCUCUGCCACUUGACAUAUCCGAUAGGCAUUUCUUUUCUGGAAAGGACGACUUGGAUGCUGCUGUCCAAUCAUUAGAUGAAAACGGCUGGAACACUAAUGGAGAGAUUGGGUCUGUUACAAUCACUCGCGCACGAGCAGAAUUGGGGUACAACAGGGAGAAGAUCCUAGAGAUCGCGCUGGGAAAUGGGCGAGAUGUGAACAUCGAUACCUUGCUGAAUAUCAAGGCGCACGACAUGGCCGUGCUAUCGAGCUUCCCGUCGGCUCUUCUAUAUAACCCAAAGGACAUUGACAGUGCCAACUUCGAUGUGGAUGUUGUCUAUGGCAAGAUUCUGGUACGAGUGGAACACUUGCAAAAUAUGUUCUUCAUCGAACGUCUCUUGCUCCGUUACAGUUAUCCCGACGAAGGUGACCUAUUAGCAGUUAGCUUUGAUAUGGUGACCACCACUCUUGGUAUUUGGAUUCACAAGGAUAAAUUCGCAGGCAUCCGGAGAGACUUUGAGUGGCUGGCGGAGGAAUCCUCUGCAUGGAGCUUCUCAAACCGACAUUCUCCGGGUCUCACCCGAAAAAUCCAAAAGAUCACACGAUCAAGCAUCAUCCAGCAGCUGAGCCUACUUGUUGGUUUUCUCGACUGGGUAGGCCCUGACGCACCCAAUAGGGACCUUUGUUCCAACUGCAGUAAUGUGAUUCAACACGUGUUGGAUCUAACGCUCAAUAAUUUUGGGACGCCAAUAAAUAACGAAUCCCUUGAUUCCCUGGGGCAGUUUGACUCGACUCAGAUGAACUUCAAUUUUAAUCUGCUAGACACGUUUGACUGGCUCCGGACAGAUGAAUGUACAGGCGACCAAUAG